AGGUGAUUGAUGCCCGGUGAGAAGGUGAAAGUGACCUAUACCCCUGUCAGCUGCAGGAAAGGAACCAACAGACAGGUGAUUGAUGACCGGUGAGAAGGUGAAAGUGACCUAUACCCCUGUCAGCUGCAGGAAAGGAACCAAGAGACAGGUGAUUGAUGACCGGUGAGAAGGUGAAAGUGACCUAUACCCCUGUCAGCUGCAGGAAAGGAACCAAGAGACAGGUGGUUGAUGCCCGGUGAGAAGGUGAAAGUGAGCUAUACCCCCGUCAGCUGCAGGAAAAGAACCAAGAGACAGCGGGCAGUUGAUCUUGUGUAGACCGUUGAGACCUGUGCAACGCCACCUUUUGAGAAUCAGAAUAUGGAGUGCUCUCUGCUGACACCUCUGUCCAUAGUUACAUAGCUACUAUGGUCAAAAGAAGACAUAUAUGUCCAUCAAGUUCAACUAUGGAAUUGAAGGGAAUGUAUCUAACCCUGUUUCAAAGCUUUCAACUGUUCCUACUGUGACCAGUUCCUGAGAGCACGCUACCAUGGCAGAAUCCACGCCACAAAACAUGGAUAUGGAAUCAGACGGGAUGCUGACAUAUUUGGAAAACCUAAUACUCACUGGGAGAGAGGAUCCGGGGGGGUAUUUCCUGGAAUGCAAUACCAGGGAUGACAUCGAGCUCAUAGAUGUGAAGUCCCUGGAGCAUCGCAUAACUAAUCUAUCCGAAAAAGAAAUCAACAUCUUUUGGACGAUUAACUCGCUGCAGCCGUACGUCCAUUGUGAUAGGUCUCCAAGAGGACUUAGAGCCUACAAAGUCCCGGCACAAUUUAAUGAUGAUCCCAUUUUUAUCAAUAUCUGGAAACAAGCUCAUCAUGAACAUUCUAUGAAACUCCUGCAAAUAGUUCUAACAAGAAGUAGAAUCGAACAGGAUAAAAUUAAUGAAGAUCUAGUCAAAGUGAAAAAUGAAUACAUCAAAAGAGCCACAGAUGAACAAAAAAGCUCUUUUUACUCUAAGUUACAACUUAAACUCACUGCAUUACAAGAAGAAGUCAAGAACAAGAAACGAGAGAAAUUUUUACGUGAUAAAACGGACUAUGAUCAAGAUAACGAAUUCCAAUGGCACCAGAAGAAAAAUGUACCUUAUAGUGCGACCAAAUCUUAUUUACAAAGAAGAUCAUCGCAGCAAUUCGUUAAAAAACGCACCGAGAAUGUAAAUAAAGAGAAAACAUAUAAGAAACAGCUAGAACAUCCACCUAAAAAUAAAAGCGAAGCAGUCCCUUUAGAAGCAGUAAACACACAAGAAGAGGAAGAUCAAAAAAAAUCUCAAGGAUCCAAAGAAAAGAAAAACCACAGUCUGAACAGGACAGAUGCAUGUAUUGAAUCGAAUGUCAUUAAUCUUACAUCAGAGACUCUCGAUCCAGCAAUGGACACUCUCUUAUCUAAAGGUCUAAGUUAUGGACUGGUUGAGAAAUUUAACCCAGUCUCCUUUGAGAUCGACUUAGCGCGAUCCCUUAGAGACAUCAACCUUUUCAAGUUUUCCAAAAUAAAAAAAUACUAG